CCCAGCAAGUAGAAUCUGGAGCCUCUUGAUAGUCGAUCAACGAUGGGAAGAACACCCUGCUGCGACAAGAGGGGUUUGAAGAAAGGGCCCUGGACGACUGAAGAGGAUGAGCUUCUUGUUGACUACAUCAAGAAGAAUGGUGGCCAUGGAAGCUGGCGUUCUCUCCCUAAGUUGGCAGGUCUGCUUCGCUGUGGGAAGAGUUGCAGGCUAAGGUGGACGAACUAUCUAAGGCCUGAUAUAAAACGUGGUCCGUUCAGUGUUGAGGAAGAGAAGCUUGUAAUACAGCUUCACGGCAUCCUUGGUAAUAGGUGGGCGGCGAUAGCGUCCCAGCUACCGGGAAGAACAGACAAUGAGAUAAAGAAUCUGUGGAACACGCACUUGAAGAAGCGACUCUUGUGCAUGGGUCUCGACCCUCUCACCCACAAGCCUCUUUCUUCUUCGUCUCCUCCUCCUCCUGAUCCCAACAAGCCCGACGCCUCCGUCUCCACUCGCCACAUGGCUCAGUGGGAGAGUGCCCGGCUCGAGGCGGAGGCUCGCCUCUCCAAGGAGACCUCUCUCUUCGCCAAACCCCCUGCCGACUCCGACUUCUUCCUCCGUCUCUGGAACUCCGAAGUGGGCGACGCCUUCCGCAACAUGCACGCCGUCUCCUCUCCGGGAUCGUCGUCUUCCACCAAGUGCACUGCUACCACGGCCUCUCUCUGCACGCAAGCUCCAACAGCAGGUGGUCUCAUGGCCGCGUCUGACGACUCUUCCAUCUCUAAUGACUUGGAAGACUCCUCGGACACAGCGUUGCAGCUCUUGUUGGACUUUCCCAUUUACAAUGACAUGAACUUCUUAGAAGCUAACUCUUUCAUUUCUCCUCUUUAAGCAACUGCUACUGGUACAUGGCUAUCACGUUUGUUGUAAUCCGCUUAUAUGCGCAUUUUGGUUCAAGUAUCUUGUACUAUUUCUGUGAAAGGCAUACAUAUAUGUGUGUCAGGAGAUCUUGUAGGAUGAUGGUUGCUGAAUUUUGGUUUUCAUUAGGCUUAAUUAUAUAUACAUAUGAAAUACGUGUUACGUGUAUCUG